AUGAUAUCUACAAGUCCAUAUACGAUAUUGCAUCCACUUAGUGAUGUGGCGGGGUUUCAGGCAAUAAGUGCGGAAAUUGAGCAGCAGCGAAAGAGACAACACCUCCACCGUCAAUCUCAACAAGAAGAACAAGAAGAAGAAGAGGAAGUACAAAAGAAAGAAGAAAAAGAAUACUGGACGGAUGACUUUGAUCAGACGAUGAUAUCAGGUGUAUUGAAUACGAAGUAUUCGUAUAAACCAAAGGGACCCAGACGCGUACUUCAUGGCGAGUCCGUACGCAAGGAGGUUCUUUCAACCUAUUCUAUCACUUAUCCUAUUCACUCGUUUAUAGUGUUUGGCGAGGAAGAGGAGGAGAAAGAGCGGGAUUCCGUUAUUUUAUCAGAGGAAACAAAAACACAUGCACAUGCAGAACGUUUAUCAGCAGUUGGGCAGCCGGAACGUCAUGCAUCACAAUCACAGUAUCGUUUUCGCGAUGAGUUUAAUGAAUCCCUGCAGAGUAUGAAUAUCGCUAACAAGAGUGAUGCUGGUGGAAGUGUUUCCCAGCAAAAACUCGUUACACUCGUAGAAAAACUUCAUCAUCAUCUUAAGAACGCAUGGUGUCGUGGGGAAAAGGUGCAAAGUCUUCGUAUAGCCAUUCAGGCGGCAAGAUUACUUUCUAACAUGACCUUACCCACUUGUUAUCCAUCUGUUUAUGUGUUGGUGGCCCAAGUGUUAGACACCUUUGGGGAUCUGGUCACUCGCCGGUUGCAGACCACAGCAGAGGAACAUAGUGAUAUCGUGGCUACACUUCUUAAGAGGGGUAUUAAUGCUUCGGAUGAUUUGAUUCCUUCUGAGACAGUAGAAAUGUGCUACAAUUGGUUUUUAAAGAUAAACUCUAUUCGUGAACUCAUACCACGUAUUUGUAUUGAAUUAUCGCUACUAAAGUGUUUUCGAUACAUGACGAAAAAAACACGGGUUGUUUCAGAGACUGUUGUUAGGAGAUUGGCAAUGCAAAUUCGUGGAAUAGCUGAUCCACUUGUAGCCGUACAUCUUCGUUGGUAUUUAUCUGCUGCUGCGAUGAAAGUUUUCAGUAAACCGGGAUGGGCAACUGCCUCUAGUCUUGAUCAAGCAGUAUUGGAUUCACUAGAGGCACUUGAGCAUAUUCCUGAUGAUUUCUUAGAAACCAUUAAGACUCGAAAUGAUAUUAGCCGUUUGGAUUAUUUAGAUCUGUUUAUACCAUCCCUUCAAUGGCAACUAGAUGUUGUGGUUCGUUAUGGGGAUGCUGCAGUACUGGAUCAACGGACUUUUCUUAAAAAUGUGGUUCAUAUCAUAGUGGAAGGACUUGGAAACCCAUCAUGUCUACUCAUAUGUGUAUGGCGAGCUUUUCCUGUUGAGAUGUUAUUAUCAUGGUAUAGUGUGGAAGAUUUACUUUGCAUGUCGUUACAGUCCACACCAACGCGUUUGGUUUCACAAUUAAAACUGUUAGAAACACUGUGUUUAUCAUUAGCGCAUGUGAAACACCUUCCUAUCUCAAGAAGUGGCCGAAUUAAGUUUUUGAAUAAAAUAUGGGAAUUGGUGGAAACGGAACGGUCCAAAAUACAAGAUAACGGAACAGAGGAGGAAAGUGUAUCUAUUGUAAAAGUCAAUAAUUUAACGGGUGAAUUAAUGGAUCUUUGUGGUGCUUUAAUUCAAUUUAGCGCCGUACAGUUGGGGUUUAAACAAGUGAAUGUUCUUCUUGGACUCGUUAGAGAAAUUAUUACUACGUCCUCUCAUACCUUCACCAACCAGUCCUCAGAAGUAAUAUCAGAAAACCUUUUUCAUAUGCUUUUCUCUUUAAUUAUCUCUCUAAAUCCAAACACUCUCCUUGAGUCUGAGCAUUUCAUAUCAUUACUACAAGAAUCUAAAACUGUAUUUCGACAUCAGCUUACCGUUAUUCUCCUUAAACGUAUUAUUAAAAAUGAAUCGGAUCCUAAUGCUUCACUGUGUAUACUUUCUGCUGAUAAAGUGCUUCAAUUAUGCAAAAUACUUCACGAUGAUAGUUUACACGUAAGUUUAUUGAGUGAGUCUCAGCAAGAGAUGAAACUAGUAGAAAGAGUAUUUCUACAAAUACUAGAUAAAACGUCUUCUUCUGAGGAGGCCCUUCGAAUUAUGUGUGAGGCACGUCAUUUCCUACCACGAUUUAACUCUAUUUUUUCACUUUCCACUACUCGUGCACUUGCAUUUGCUUAUCAAUACGCUUCUAAUUUUUCACAAGAAAAACAUCGAGGUGCUAUAAAGGCCUUUUUAACCUUUUCUCUCGUUACUGUUCCAGCAGUAGUAGAUAUUGUUGAAAAACUUCACUUGAAUGUUUUAAUAUCUGGUGUUGCGUUUCGUUGCGGUAUGAUUGUGAUUGGUGAGGCGGCGUUGGAAUUUGCUUUAGAGACACUGGAGUCAUAUCAUUUAAACUCUUCUCUCUCAAACGAUAUUAAUAAUAAAUCUGCAGAAUCUGAGAAGGAUCUCACAAAUGCGGUUUUGUCUUUGUUACCGAUUGGCAUUGCGGCACCGGUAAAGAAUGAACACCUUUAUUGUGUGAAACGAGUGUUAGAGUGGUGUAUCCAAUAUAAUUGGAUGCCUUUAUCGGAAUCAUGUGCGCGUGUUUUCUUAUCAGUGUUGCUACUUACCGUACGUGCAUUUAAAGGUAUAUGGAUUCCUUUUCCUCUUUGUCAAACAGAGAACUACAGCAAAGAUCCUGUAUAUAUGAAUGCCUGUACAGAGUGCUGUAGAGAGGCGGUACAACAACUUUUAAACUGGUUUGAGAGAUGUCGACAUGUGAAGAGAAUAUCUUCGGAUAAGGCAGAGAAACUAACGAGUAUGGCCCUUGAAAUAUAUGAAACGGUUGCUGUAUUGGCUCUUUCUUCACAGUUGAUGAAUUUGUCUCUGGAUUCACUGAGUGACAUUGCGUGGCAAAUGGCGAAUGAAUGGGGAGUUUUGAGUGCUUCAUUAGAUGUCUCCCAUCAUAUUCUGCGAAGUGCGAGGUUUACACAUAAAAUGGGUGAGCUCGCAGCAAACAAUGGAUUGGUAUCACAUGAUGAAUAA